AUGGGCGAAAUGGAUGAUAUAACACAGGAAGGUAGUGGAAAAAGUGCUGAUAACGAUGACCAAAUGAAUGAUUUUGUCAAUUCUGCGCGUACCGGACGCCGGAAUGCUGUUCCGGAGGUGGACACACAAGGCAUGGAUCCGGACGCUGUGAAACUUGCCGAACGCCUAUCGUCCAUGAACACUGCUAGCAACGAUGAAUGCCGCCGGAAGGACCAGAGCGCUGACGAUUCCAGUACGGUUUCAGCAAGUGAGAGCAUUGUUGUAAUUUUUGGAGCACAGUGGCGGUUUUGGUAA